AUGGGUGUUCGUUCGCGAAGGUCUCAUCAGAAGACCAACGAGGUCAUCUGGGCUCGGGCUAAUGACCAUCAUGCCUCGCAAUCAGCCAUGGAUGGCAGAUUCUUGGACGAAGUGUACGUGCCAAUGUCGAGAUUAAUUCUCAUCUUUGCCGCCGUCUCUUGCAUUUCUGCUGACACUUCUGGUGGUGGUGGUUCGCACGAUCACGCUCAUGGUUCUACUGCACAUGCUCCUCCGCCUCAACCCAAGCCACUUGGUGAGUUCCUUGGUGAACCGGUCAGACUUCUCAUCCCCGUUGUCCCUCUGUCCUUCCUGCAAACAGCACCUUCCAGCGGUUACGGAGUUCCUGCGCCCACUUCAGGUUACGGGCCACCCGCGCCAAGCUAUGCUGCUGCCGCUCCUUCCUAUGCUGUUCCUGAGGCUCCAGUCCAUCAAGCGCCAUUUAUCGGAUACGAAGCUGAGUUGGCUUACAAGCCCCGAACUUUCCUCUACAACGCCGCCCCCAGUGGCUACGGUAAAAAAGGCGGCUUUGACAAGUCCGGUGGCUACGCUGCACCCAGCUACGACUCGGGCAACUACGUCUUCUUGCCGCUAGUCUUCGCCAAAGACGGCAAAUCGGGCUUCGAAGACGGCGCUGGUGAGGCCGCCUACCAACCCUCGGGCAAGUUCGCCUUCAUCCCGCUCAGCUUCGCCAAGGAGGACAAGGAUUACGCCGGCGGAUACGAUUCCCCCGAACCCGCGUAUGGAUCCGGCGGCACUGGCGGCGACCGUUAUGUCUUCAUACCGUUGAGCAUCAAUAAAGGCGACAAGGGUAAAAAAGGUGGUUCUUCGGGUUAUGGUUUUGAGGGUGCGGCUGACGGCUUGGGCUUCGGCAAGAAGUUCUCCAAGUUAUUUUAACUGGUUUUUUCUCUGAUGUCCGGGGAUUUUAAGUGUCGCGCAUGGUAUUUAUUCGGAGUUACCGUUUUUUUUUAAUUUUUCACUCUUUGGGAUUUUCAGAAAAUACAAAUAAUUUUUUACGGCGGCAA